AGUUCCAGACUGUCAGGAUUCUUCUUCUGAGGCAUCAGGCUGCUGCCAGAGCUGCAAGGAAGGUGUUUGGAGUGCAAUGUGUGCAACUUUCCAGCUACGUCUCCAAUCAGCUCCUGAGGACAAGAGGAGGAUUUCUGUCAGUAUCUCUGUAUUUCAGGCAAGAGACUCCCUGAGCAGAUCUUCUCCCUGCCUAAAAGAUGCAAAUGCUGCCUUGCUGAGUAACUUUGAGGUGUUCCAGUUACUCACUGACCUUAAGCAGCAGCGCAAAGAGAGUGGGAAAAACAAGCAGAGCUCUGGCCAGCAGAACCUGAACACAAUCAUGUAUGAGACACUGAAGUACAUUUCAAAAACACCCUGUAGGUACCAGAGCCCCGAGACUGUGAGAGAAUUCCUCAUUGCAAUGAAAGGCCAUAAGCUGACCAAGGCAGAAAAGCUCCAGCUGCUGAACCACAGGCCUGUGACGGCAGUUGAAAUCCAGCUGAUGGUAGAAGAAAGCGAGGAAAGGCUCACAGAGGAGCAGAUCGAGUCACUUCUCCAGACAGUCACGAGUAUUCUUCCAGGGGAUCCAGAAGAACAACAGAGAGACUCGGCAAUGGCAGUGGAAGACAAAGGUGACCAAGCAUAGGAGGCUUCUAGACCAAAGCUGGCAGCAGUUUCAGAAGAGAAUCAGCUAAUAUUUUUCUGUUUUUAACUUGAUACCGGUUUAAUCCUGUACUGGACAUAAUUGUAAAAUAUAUUACCAUUUUUAUUACUUGGAGGAGGUGGUGAGGGAACCAAUUGUUUACAAGAAAGCACAGAAAAAGACACUAUUGUUUUGGUGUUUUGUCAUCAACAGGGAUGGCAGUAACUGAGCCUGUAAUGGAGCAGCCUGAGAAAGCAUGGGGCACAGGAUCUGAAGCUUUUGUAAUUUUUCAUUACCCAUGUAACAGCUGUACAUUUGAAUAGGCCCAUGUACAGCUGGCAAUGUUUGAAUUAUCACAGCAGUGCUAUAAUGAUAAUUGCUUUCAUAAGCUUUGGAAUUGCCCAACUGCCUUUCAGAAUAGGGGCUGCAAUGCAAAGCCAGCUUCUGGGGCUGUUUGGUGAGCAAAACAGAGAGAGGUACAAGAGCUGCCUGGGGUCUGGCCAGGCACUUCCAAGGAGGCUUUUGGCAUCACAGAAGUGAAAGGAUCUGUUCUCAAGGGUGUCUGGCAGUCCCUCCUCAAUAACAGAGAGAUCCAGAUCACCAGCUAACUCAGCAAAUUGCCUCAGAAACCAGGGAGUUGGGCCAGUUUACAGCAGAGAGGCUCUGGACUCAAAUCUUAAAGCUCUGACUAACAAACAGCAGAAUAUUGAGGGGUGAGGUGUGUAUUUGCCCUUUGAACAUUAAUUCCAAUAUUUAUACAUAGACCAGUCAGUCCUGUGGACGUGCUGUUGGUGGUGGAAUAAAUGAGUCAACACUGAGGUCCUAAUCUGGUUUAGGAGAAUGAGAGUCUGUCCUGGAUGAGGCAGAAUUUUCUGUGUGCUGAGCUUUUGUCUGGUUAAGGAUUUCAGGAUCAAGUGUUUAAUGUUGAAAGCCUUGAUGAUUAUAGUAAAUCAUUUGUGUGUGUGUAUAUAUACACACAUAAAGUCAGGAGCUACCAUGGCACUGCUUUAUGUUAUGGCUGCAGACCAUUCUUUUGUAAUUAUUAUAAGGUACUGGAAAUAGAAGUAAAAUUUUAAGUACAUCCUGGGAAUUUUGUGAAUUGCAGACAAGAUAUUAAGACCUCAAAUCAGAUAUCUGACUUUUUUCCCUCCUCAGGUCUGUCAUGGCUUUAUUUUGUGUUUUUAUGCAAAGAAUUUACGCUUUCUGAGCUUUAGUUGUGCUGUAUAUGAAAGGGACUGAUAAAGUCCCGUGUCUGGGGGAUUUGUGAUAUGUGUUUCCAUGGUAUUUAAGCUUCUUUGAUGUUUGGAGAGGAAAGAAAAUUAUUGGAAAAUGUAUUUGUUGCCUCUUAAAGAUAAUUUAUCUUAUAUUAAAUGCUUUCCAAGGCUGGAGACUAAAGGUACAUUUUGACCGGGUAAGUGUAGUACAAGAAGGGGAAAGUCCUCAGUGGUUUUGUGAAUACAUCAAUAUGUAUUUUUCUCUCUAAAUGUGCAAGAAAACAAGAAAGAUAAGUGGAUCGUAUCACAGAAUGACAUGCAAUUAAUUUUAAAAUUAGCAUUUUUAUUCACAGCAGUCACUGAUGUUGUUUGACAUGCUGUGGCCUUGGGCUGCGGGUGUUUACAUUUGCAUCUGUCCUUUUCUAAAAUUAGGUUAUUGAAGUCUGUUCUAAACUUAUAAAAAGCAGAUGGAACCAGAUCACAAGUAUCCUCAGCCAGCAGGAAUGUUUUAACAGGUCCCCGAAGCUGGAUGCUCCAUCCUGGGAAUUGGUGGUUGGUUGUCAUCAUGGGUGUUUGCCAGCAUCCGUGUUCUCUUGAUGUGUGGGUAUUGUACAAGGUGCAGGAACUCUUUCAUUUGCUGUUGUAUUUAACCUUUUCAUCAGUAUCAGUUCCAGACGGAUACAUCUGUUGAAUUCAUGGAUCAUUUGUUGAGACUCAAAGAUGCAUAAACGAUGCAUAAAUUUCCCUAAAAAAUGCAAUACUAAA